AUGGGCCAAGGGGACGAGAGCGAGCGCAUCGUGAUCAACGUGGGCGGCACGCGCCACCAGACGUACCGCUCGACGCUGCGCACGCUGCCCGGCACGCGGCUCGCCUGGCUGGCGGAGCCCGACGCCCACAGCCACUUCGACUAUGACCCGCGGGCCGACGAGUUCUUCUUCGAUCGCCACCCGGGCGUCUUCGCGCACAUCCUGAACUACUACCGCACGGGCAAGCUUCACUGCCCGGCCGACGUGUGCGGGCCGCUGUACGAGGAGGAGCUGGCCUUCUGGGGCAUCGACGAGACCGACGUGGAGCCGUGCUGCUGGAUGACCUACCGCCAGCACCGCGACGCCGAGGAGGCGCUCGACAGCUUUGGCGGGGCGCCCUUGGACAACAGUGCCGACGACGCGGACGCCGACGGCCCUGGCGACUCGGGCGACGGCGAGGACGAGCUGGAGAUGACCAAGCGCCUGGCGCUCAGCGACUCCCCGGACGGCCGGCCAGGCGGCUUCUGGCGCCGCUGGCAGCCACGCAUCUGGGCGCUCUUCGAGGAUCCCUACUCGUCCCGCUACGCGCGGUACGUGGCCUUUGCCUCUCUCUUCUUCAUCCUGGUCUCCAUCACCACCUUCUGCCUGGAGACCCACGAGCGCUUCAACCCCAUCGUAAACAAGACGGAGAUCGAGAAUGUUCGGAACGGCACGCAAGUGCGCUACUACCGGGAGGCGGAGACGGAGGCCUUCCUCACCUACAUCGAGGGCGUGUGCGUGGUGUGGUUCACCUUCGAGUUCCUCAUGCGCGUCGUCUUCUGCCCCAACAAGAUCGAGUUCAUCAAGAACUCGCUCAACAUCAUCGACUUCGUGGCCAUCCUGCCCUUCUACCUGGAGGUGGGGCUGAGCGGCCUCUCCUCCAAGGCCGCCAAGGACGUGCUGGGCUUCCUGCGCGUCGUGCGCUUCGUGCGCAUCCUGCGCAUCUUCAAGCUCACGCGCCACUUCGUGGGGCUGCGCGUGCUGGGCCACACGCUGCGCGCCAGCACCAACGAGUUCCUGCUGCUCAUCAUCUUCCUGGCCCUGGGCGUGCUCAUCUUCGCCACCAUGAUCUACUACGCCGAGAGGAUAGGCGCACAGCCCAACGACCCGAGCGCCAGCGAGCACACGCACUUUAAGAACAUCCCCAUCGGCUUCUGGUGGGCCGUGGUCACCAUGACGACGCUGGGCUACGGGGACAUGUACCCACAGACGUGGUCCGGCAUGCUGGUGGGGGCGCUGUGCGCGCUGGCGGGCGUGCUCACCAUCGCCAUGCCCGUGCCGGUCAUCGUGAACAAUUUCGGGAUGUACUACUCCUUAGCCAUGGCUAAGCAGAAACUACCAAAGAAAAAAAAGAAGCAUAUUCCGCGGCCGCCGCAGCUGGGAUCUCCCAAUUAUUGUAAAUCUGUCGUAAACUCUCCACACCACAGUACUCAGAGUGACACAUGCCCGCUGGCCCAGGAAGAGAUUUUAGAAAUUAACAGAGCAGAUUCCAAACUGAAUGGGGAGGUGGCGAAGGCCGCGCUGGCGAACGAAGACUGCCCCCACAUAGACCAGGCUCUCACUCCUGAUGAGGGCCUGCCUUUUACGCGCUCGGGCACCCGCGAGAGAUACGGACCCUGCUUCCUCUUAUCAACCGGGGAGUACGCGUGCCCGCCUGGUGGAGGAAUGAGAAAGGAUCUUUGCAAAGAAAGCCCUGUCAUUGCUAAGUAUAUGCCGACAGAGGCUGUGAGAGUGACUUGA